AUGACGGAAGGAUUAAGCCAGGUUACAUCACAGAGCCAGGCAAUUGAUCCCGAACGUUUUCAAGAACUUCUUCGCCCUAUAAGAGAACUUUCUGCCGUUUGGAAUAUUCAACUUGGUGAUGUUUUGGAUACAUAUCUCGAAAAUAUUUCUCAUAUUGAUCUCUCGCAAGAAUUUAAUCCAGAUAUAUUAAACUUUUCUCAAGCAGGUCUUCUUAUCCAAGGUACAACACACAUUUAUGCUAAAAAAGUCAAACAUUUAUACGAUUUAGUUACAAAUUCCGUUACAUUACCAGAAACCGAGGAAGGUGAAAAGCAAAAUAAGAAGAGAACUCGUAAAACAAUUGAUUGGGUUAUUGAUGAUAAAUUGGCACCAAUUGAAGAUCCAGAUACUUGUGAUACAACAGUUUUAGACACAGAAGAUCCAAGGUUGGAAAUCACCACUAUGCCAAAGAUUCCAUUCUGCCUCUUACACUCUCUUGAUGCAAAGACUCAAACUGGAGAAAAUAAUUAUAGAAUUUAUAAUGUUCCAAACCAAGAAAAUGGUGUUAUUAUCCUUGAUGGAUCUCAAAAAUUUACCGAUUUUACACCACAAGAACCUCAUGUUGAAUUCAUGGCACCGGAUUUAGAAGAUGAUCCAACGAAUAAGCCGCCAGAACCACCAGCAGAAGACUCCCUUCCCCAACCUGAUGACGUUGAUAUCGGAGCUCCACCUAUGCCCGAUGACGAUGAUCUUCCUCCUCCACCAGAUGAAUCAGUUCCUGCAGGGGAAACAACAGAAUCAGCAGGCCAAGUAUCAGCAGACGUUGAAACAGCAGCCGCAGAGAAAGAGCAGCCAAAGAAGAGAGAGAAGAAAAAGAAAGAGAGACAAGAAUACAAACUUCUUGAUCCUGAUGCAACAAAUCUUUCGUUCACUUCUCAUCCAUUUAAGCCACUUUCAAAGGUCCAUAUCCCUACAUCAUUCGAUGAUAUCCCACAGCAGCCAACUUCGUUCACAAGACCAUUUAAUCUUGAUAUCUUUGAUGAACUCUUCGAAAAAGUCAAAAAUUACCGCGAAAAGUUGGAGCACGAACAAGAUAUGCGUGCUUUAGAAGCCAUUCCUGUUGAAAAUGGCCGCGCUCAUAUUGAACAAGAUCUUGAAAUUUACACAGAAGCUCCACCACCGGCCAUGGAGGACAGCGAAGAAGAGCUUCCUGUUCCACCAAUGCUUCUUGAGGAAACACAUGAUCCUAUUUCCAAUUAUUCAGAAAUUUGCAGAACGGCCGUUCUUCAAAUGAUCGAAGACGGCAAGAAACAAACAAUUGCAAGUGAAUCUGUUAAGAAACUCAGCGAAUGGGAGAAGAAGAUCUCUCCAGUUCUUGAAAAUGAAUCCAAAAGAAGAAAAUUCGAUAUUACAGAAACAAGAAAGUGGAUUGUUACAAUGGUUGAUGCCAAAGGUGGUGAAGCCACACUUUCAAACUUAACAUCUGGACUUUUAACUCAUGAAGUCUCCAGAGUAUUUUAUUCAUCAUUAAUGCUUGCAAAUACUAAUGAUAUUAAUAUUGAAAAGACUGAUAACAACACUGGUGAUUUCUUAAUUAAGUUGCUCAGACCUAAAGACGAAAUUCUUAAAUCACUUGCAGAUGAUGAAAGAGAUUAG